CCCAGUCAUUCACACAUGGUGCAAUGGCAUCACCAGGUAUCAUUGCAAAUAUGAUUCUCAUAGGUGUGCAUUUGAUUCUUCAUAACCACAUCAAAACAGGAUGUGUCAUCUUCAUUGCGUCGAUGGCGUUAACCUGUGUCAUGGUUGUGAUUAUUGCAGUGCUAUUUUUUAUCAAGGGCCCCGUGCUGUUUCAACCUGUGACUGACCAUAAAGAACCAGAAACUCCUCCACAGGACGUAGAGGAUCCCCAGGAACAUGAGGAACAGGAGGAACGUCAUGACGCAGCCAGUGAAACAAAGACAGCACAGUUGAGAGCUCCAUAUGUUAACAUGCCUCCCAUCGGUGAUCUUGAGGAUGCUAAUGUUCCCCCUGGAUAUGCUGUGCCAGUUAAGAAAAAACCAAUAAACCCAUCCCCUCCACCGAAUGCCUACAUGUGUAUGCAUACCUUCGAGGAUGAAUCCCAGGAACCAGACCUUUAUCUACCACCACGGGAGACCUGUUUCACAGAAUUUGAUGAAGGCGAAAUUACUGCUUUCAGCGGUGGUCAUUAUUUGUGCAUGGACCCAUUACAAGAGGCGGUUGCUCAAGACAGCAAUUAAAGUAGGAAGAGGUACUUUGGGGGAAGACCUACCAUGAUGGUACAGUGUCAUCGGGUCAAAGAUAGGUUGAUAGUUCGGAGAUCCACCAGCAUCUGGUUAUUGCUGAUAUUGUUAUCAUCCGGGUGACAUUGAAGUGUUUGACCAUUCAAAUACUUAUCACCUGCACCCAAAGGGACACAACAGAAUUGGACAUAUCCGGUGGACCGAAAACGCUAGAAAGACAUUUAAGUGCGUUUGUAUGCAUUUGGGAUAUCGAUUUGACUAUUCCCCGUGCCUCAUCUCCAAAAUGGAUAAUAAUCAUAGGGUAUUAAACUCGUUUCAGUUAAAUAUGAAGUUCACGUACCGAGUGAAAAAACGUUCUAGCUCGAGGUUUACCGAGGUUGCAAAGGGUAACCCUUUUUGAGUUUGCUUGAGGUUUAAAGAGGCCAACCCGAAAAGUAUUUCACGAUGGACAUAAACUUGAUUCCAAAUUAGAACGAGUGUAAUAUUCUAUUUAUUAUCAAAGAUGUGAUUUGAAGAGGAGCAAACAGUUUCAGUACCGUCUAUGUAGCAACUGAGAGGACGUCCAAGGUUACAACGUUUUUCUACCAAACCACAGCGGAAGUGAGUGAUGUCAUGGCACUGUAACAAUAGUUGUCCGACCAUGUGUUUGCCAGCACGGUGAACAACAAGCAAAAAUGUUUUUGUUAACCUGAAGGGCUGUGCUUGUGUUUUAUCAAUGCAGUAAGGCCUUAUCAUAACUGAGUUAGUGAGUAUGCCGCUUUUAGCAAUAUCCCAGCAAUAUCACGGCAGGGGACACCAAAAAUGGACUUCACACAUUUACCCAUGUGGGGAAUCGAACCCGGGCCUUCGAAUUCGACGCGACGAGCGAACGCUUAAACCACAAGGCUACCCGACCGCCCCUUAACAUAAAUCAGAAAACGCCAAACUAUUAAAUCGAUAGUGUUCCCUCAUUACUUUCGCACAAUGAACCCCGUCUAAGCACAAAAGCAUUAUCGACUAGACACCAGUGUUGACACCGAGUUCCAGUUUGGCUUCUAACAUUUCAUUUGGCAGUCACCGAGUACAUAUGAUGAAAAUGUAAACACGGUCAAAUCUGAUAAAAACAGUGUUUCAAGCGCACAAGGUACACAUACAUUCAUAUUUUCUUUUCGCGGAUAGUUCAUAUGAUGUUAAAGUGAAGACCUACGGCUCGUUUAUUCGUCUUGAUGAGUUCGCACAGUUGAAAUAAAAAUGUCUGACGCUGCUAACCUUACGUCUCUCUCUUUGGCUAGCGUUGACGUAAGCUGAAAACGACCAUGUAUUAAGGAUUAUGUGAUAUAGUUUAUCGUAAUUCUGUAAUUUGUAUUCGUCGCAUUACCCUCAUCCAAAAUUCUUCCGUCAACCAGAACUACGUGAACAGACACAUGCUCAUUCAACGAAAUACACAAUCAGCUGCAUAUGCAUAUUUAAAGUAAGAAAUUGUUGACCUGAUACUGUGCUUCAGCAUUUGAUAAUAAAAUUGCAAAUUAAAAUUACUCCAGUUUGUU